CAUUUGUUAAAUGGGCCACUGAAAUACAUUGCCUUGUUCUACCAUCUUCAGCUUUCUUCUAGGGGAAAGUGCUUUUACUUUCACGGGACUGAAAGUGCACAAAGUGGAUGUGCAACUGCAGGUUGAAGUGUCUGGAAUGAAGAGUGUUAUGUGGUGUUGGACAAAUAUGAAACUUAUGGAUGUCACUGACCAACCAGUGCAGCAGAGAGCAGUUUGAGACAGGAAAAGAAGGUGACAGCAUCAGUGCAUGAGAGGAAGGCCAUGGCUUUUUUCUAUGGAGCUGGAGAGUGUAUUUCAGUCUAUGGAAAAGUGCACAUAAAAUAAAGAUGGCUUUUAAGGGUGAGGACCACUUAGAUUCCCUUCCAUUACCUGUUCAGCGCAUGCAGUUCAUUCAGAUGGACUCUGUUCAGCGAUGGAUGGAAGACCUAAAGUUGAUGACAGACUGUGAAUGUAUGUGUAUUCUCCAGUCAAAGCCAAUCAGUAUUGAGAAGGAUGACCAAAAUGAACUUAUCCUUUCCUCACAAUAUAGCACAUGUGACAACUUGCAGCUGUUACUAAAAAGAGCAUGGAUCAUAAGCACAGAGUUGACUAAGAUUACUCAAAAGCUGGAGAAGAAUAGAUGGCAGAGGGUCCACAGCAUGACAGUAAGAGUCAACUGCCAUGUGCGUUCUAUGAUAAAUGAAUACAAUACAUUCACUAGGAAUCCUUCAGAAGAAAUGCACCAGUAUGAAAAACUUUUAAUAGACAAGUGUUCAGAAUUUACAGCACUCACAGAAAGGUGCAUACAAACUGAAGAUGAACAGAUACUGAAGUCCAUGAAAUCUUGUAUUAAUGAAACACUCACUACAGUUGCUCAGUAUUUUGGCCAGUUGAUAGAGCUGAUUUUAACACAGGAAGCACAGAACCUGCUGAGACAGAUUGAGUUGUCGGACAGUUUGCACAUCACUGAGCUGGCCAUUAGUAGUUUAUUCAGCCUUACCCAGGAAGGUGCUCAUCUCUGCCGUAUUAUAGCGAAGGAAGGAGGUGUGGUUGCUCUCUUUAAGAUCUGUCGCCAGGAUUGUUUCAGGUGCCUUUAUCCCCAGACACUGAGAACAUUGGCAUCUAUUUGCUGCGUAGAAGAAGGUAUGCACCAACUGGAAAAGGCUGAUGGGAUACUGUGCCUGGCCGACAUUCUUACUGAUAACAGCCACUCUGAAGCUACUCACGCAGAGGCAGCAGCAGUUAUUGCACAGAUCACAUCUCCACAUCUCACAUUCACUCAACAUCUCAGCAGCUUUCUGGAAAACAUGGAAGAAAUUGUAACAGCACUCGUCAAACUGUGCAAAGAAGCGUCAUCUGGCGAUGUUUUCCUGCUGGCUUCAGCAGCUCUUGCCAAUAUUACUUUCUUUGAUACAAUGGCCUGUGAAAUAUUGCUCCAGUUAAAUGCAAUGAAGAUUCUUCUAGCAGCAUGCUCAGACAAACACAUAGUGGAUAGUCCAUAUUCCCGAGACCAGGUAGUAACAAUAUUGGCAAACAUGUCUGUCCUGGACCAAUGUGCUUCAGAAAUCAUUGAAGGAAAUGGUGUUCAACUUUUAAUGGAAAUGCUCUUUGAAAGAUCAUCUUCAGGAAAUUCAGCAGAAGUUGCUGCUUGUGAGAGAGUCCAGCAGAAAUCUGCUGUUACGUUGGCACGACUCAGCCGAGAUCCUGAAGUGGCUGAUGCAGCCGUGAAGCUCAGCUGUAUUCCUCGCCUAAUUAAACUUUGCAGAUCACCAACUGAAAGAAAUAACAGUGAUUCUGUUUUAGUGGCAUGCCUGGCAGCUCUGCGGAGACUUGCAGUUAUGAGUCCUGAUGGGCUUGAAGAUUCAGAUUUUCAGCAGCUAGUAAAGCCCAGACUUGUGGAUUCCUUUCUGCUCUGCACAAAUAUGGAAGAGAGCUUUGUGUAAAUGUGAGCCAAAACACUUGGAAAAAUAACCAAGCUGAUAGGUACACAAUAAGAUACUACAAAUACAACUUUAGUUUUAGUCCUAUUGUUAUUUAUGACUUAUUUAUUACAAACUGUGAACGUGUUGUUUGUAGGAGCAAAGAAACACAAUGAGCAAAUUGGUUUCAGUGGUUUGCAAAGGUAAUUUGUUAUUUUCUUGCCAAGUCAUAUCAGCAGACCUUGUCACUGAAUCUUAACAAAGUUUUUUUUUUUGUCCUUUUCACUAUAGUUGAAUCCAAGUAACAAAGCCAAGAAUAAAUACUACUAAUAAUGUUUUCUGAUGAAUAUUUUUAUACAGUUAAAAUACUUUGCAGUUUUUUAAAGAAAUGCUUCUGUCUCAACCUUUUGCUGAAUUGGAAGAAAAAUAAUUCUGAAAGCUGCAAGCAUAUAUUUUGCAAAAAUAAAAGGCAUGUUACACUCUGAA